AUGUCCAACGAGAACAUCAAGUACCGUUUGGCAAGAAUCCAGACUCUUACCGGAGACCAGGAAGUCGUUUUAAAGCAGGUUUGGGCCUAUCUUUUGAAAUAUUUGGGCUACCCCAUUGAUAUUAGUGACCAAGACUUGGCAUACAGGCAGUGCUUUGUUGCUUCAACUUCCACUGCCCAUUUCGACGAGUCGCAAGGUAUUACCAACAAUGCCUUGGGCAAGUCAAACACUAGAGGCUCUUUGAACUCUCAGCAAAGCACUGCUUCUAAGAAAAAAGGUUUGUUUGGCUCGAAAAAAUCCAGUGCUAGUGUUUCAAACUCAAAUGUCGGUACUGCAAGCGACUCUCCCCCUGCAAACUCAAAGAGAAUGAUGCAAAUCCAAUCUCACUCUUCGGCUGAAAAGUACCAGCCUGUUGAGGUCCCCAGUGAAAUUUUCUACUCCAUCUAUGCUCACUACUAUAAGCAAGCUUUUGAAAAUGCCGACGACUACGACGGCAGUACAGCUGGCGGAGCAGGCGGUUUCUCCAACGGCAACUAUGACAAUGACGAUGCUGCUUCAAUUGAAAGUUUUGUUACUGCAUCGACCACUUUAACCGAUUAUGACGAUUACCCAGCUCAUAUCUUUAGCAACGGUAAGCAACAAAAUGGUAAAGCAUAUGGCGGAAGAGUCGGACAUCCAAAUCAGCAAAGGCACCAGCAACCACCGCAACAAAAUGGCGGCGGUGCCGCUGGAACGGACAUUGACCUUUUCCAAGCUACUUCUGGCCGCCCUCUUAAGGUUAACGUUGACAGUGGGUUGCUUCCACAGUUCAGCCAAUACAACGCCAGAGAAAUCCACCUGGCUCUAUACAAGGUCACCCGUAACGAUUUGUAUGACAAUUUGAUUCUUAAAUUCGUUAGAGCUAGAAAAUGGGACACGGAAAAGGCCAUUGAAAUGUUGACCAAGUCGUUGAACUGGAGAGCCAACGAAAUGCCCAGUGACGACUGGGUUAUGGAAGGUGAUGCGCCAUCGUACUGCAACGGUACUAACCAGGGAUUCAUCAAGAAUUUCACCACUGAAAAAUCGUGGAUCAAAGGUAGAGACAAGAACAAUAACCCAAUUUUCACCUUCCAGGCCAAGAAACAUUUGACCUCAGAUUCACCAUUGCCACAAAAUCAGAGAUAUGCCGUUGUCACUAUCGAAUGGGUUAGAUUGUUUUUGAGAGAAGUUAGUGAAUCUGUUGACACUUGUACCAUUGUCUUUGACUUGACUGGGUUCUCGUUAAAGAAUGCCGAUUAUGCUACUAUCAAGUUCUUGGCCGAUGUGUUUGAAGCUCACUACCCCGAGACUUUGGGUUUCAUUUUGAUCCACAAUGCCCCUUGGAUUUUCUCCACCGUUUGGAACAUUAUCAAGAACUGGUUAGAUCCCGUUGUUGCUUCCAAGAUUCACUUUACCAAGAAUGCCAAGGAGAUGAGUAAAUUUAUUGACCCUAGCUUGAUCCCUGAUUACUUGGGCGGUGAAGACACCACCAAAGGUUUUUACCCAAUCCCACAACCACAAGAUGAAUAUCCACCAAAGAAGAAGGAUGCUGAGUAUGCCAGAUUGAGAAGAGAAAGAGAUUUGCUUUUUGCUAGAUUCUACGAAACAACCAAGAAAUGGAUUGAAUCGACCAACCCUCAAGUUUCAGACAGAUAUUUGAAAGACAAGAUUGAUUUGAACAUUGCAUUAUCAAGUAACUACAUUCAAUUAGAUCCUUAUAUUAGAAAUCCAGGUAUUUAUGAUAGAGAUCACUCAUUAACCGUGGGACAUUAG